CGCGCGAUUGAGUAUUAAAAAAAAAAAAAGAAAAAACGCAAUAACAAAAAUGCCAACUCUCUUGUUGCCGCUAUCAUAAAAGCGAUCUAUACCUCGGAAAAUUAGAGAUACCGACGAGUGUUGUUAACACAGCGCAGAGUACCGCAGCUGGCAAGUAAGAUAUGACGGAGUUGCUCCGUCGAGUGGUAGUCUGCGGUUGAUAAGGAAAUUCCAGACGGUAACUCGAACGUUUCCAUUGGCGGCUAUUUGGAGAGAAUGAUCCUUCAACCGGAGCGCGCUCACUUUCGAAGGACUCGAUGGUCGCAGUACGAGGUAAAACGCGGCAUCGAUCGUUUCCUCUUUCAAAAAGCACGAAAAUAUUUUUUAAAUAUAUAUAUUAGUUCUCUAUUAGUGCCAAAAACUAAAUAAACUAAACAUGCGAGCCUCGAAGUAUUGGCUGUUUGUGAUCGCAGGAACAUUUUUCGUUUCUUGUUUGUGGAAAACCGGAUCGAUUAGCCGCUGGAGCUCCAGCAUGCGCGCGAAAGCGUUAAUUCACUUCGAUUUAUCGAUUCCGUCCUCGCCGCUAUCGUCCUCGAUUCCGCGCCGCGUUGGUCCCAUCUUCGACAGGACCAGACUUUCGCGCGACGCCGCUCGUCGGAAACAUCGAGGAACUCUGUCGAAGUACAUGCUGCAGCUCUACCAUCGACGACCGGACGCCGAUGUCGUCCGGGCGAUUCAACCGAUUCACAUUUCCGGUCCUAUUUGCGACGGCGGAAGAAUUCUGGAAUUCGCAAUUCCGUCCGUCGACGCCGACGAAACCUUGGAGGCUGCGGAAUUACUGGGAAUCGCCGGAGCGAUCGUUAGAGUGCGAUCGCUGACCGAUUUGUCGAUUAAAAAAAACAAGAGCCGUGAGAUCCUGAGAUCGAGGAAAGACGACGCCUGGCGCGCCUUCGACGUCACGUCCGUCGUCGCUGGCCGAGAUGGCGACAUUAUCAAGCUGUACGUUCACGGCAGACUGGCCUAUCGUCCUUACGGCGACAGUCCGAUUCUGCUGUUGAACUACAGCAAGACCAGACGUCGUCGUCGACGAUCGGCGGACGAUCAGGACGAUCACGAACGUUGGGAGGAUACGCCGUCACGAAGACGACGUCGCAACAGCUGUCGCCGACGUCCGAUGUACGUGGACUUCGCCCUGAUCGCUUACGACAACUGGGUGGUCGCGCCGCCAGGAUACGAGGCUUAUCAGUGCUCCGGCAAGUGUUACUUCCCGUUCGGCGAUCAUCUCAGUCCUACCAAGCACGCGAUAGUGCAGACAUUGGUGCACGGCGCGCUUCAGGCCAGCGAGGACCCCGGCAUCAACAAGGCCGUAGGCAGAGCAUGUUGCGUUCCCACCAGAUUGGCGCCCACGAGUCUGCUUUAUCUGGAUUCCAGCGGAACGCUGACCUACGAGUACGGUUACGACGACAUGGUCGUCUCCGAGUGCGGUUGCCGUUGAUAAACAACGGUGGUGAUUUUUUUUUUUUUUUUUUUUGUUUUUUGAUUGCUUUUAUUAACAGAACGGCUCGUAUCUACACGUACAUCGUGGCGUGAAAACUUUCUCAGCAAAGUUUGUAAUGCACAUACAGUUGAGUCUCGAUGUAGCAGAUAUUGAAAACAAACACAAAUAAGAUAAAAACAUUUUUGUUAUCGAUUUAAAUCUCCGAAUAAAAAUUACUAAUAAUCUUU